CCUUCUUGGAGAUUUGAGCAAUCUGCUAAAGUUACGAGAUUUGAGAAAUCUUAUCUUUGGAGGAGAAUGCAGGUCUCAGUCAUUCCCUCCGGAGUUUUUUGAAGCUCGUCUUUGGUUCUAGCAAGGAGUUAGACCUUUGAAAUUAGGCAGCACAGGUGAUCAUGGCAUAUUACACCCUUCCUUCUAAUUUAGCACCUUCGCCACCGCUGUCUAUUGCUCAUUCCCCACCACCAACAUCAUCCUCCCUUUCUCUUCCUCCAACUUCUCCACCCCAAGCUCAGCCCGGCACCGACUCCGAACCUUCCAACCCCUCCCAAUCUUCAUCACCACCUCCCGCUUCCAAUGCACCUUCCAACCCCUCCCAAUCUUCAUCACCACCUCCCGCUUCCAAUGCACCUUCCAACCCCUCCCAAUCUUCAUCACCACCUCCCGCUUCCAAUGCACCUCCCCCUUCGUCUCCUCAGCCGCCACCACCGCCUCUUCCAACUUCACCGCCGCCAGCUUCUCAACCACCUUCUGCCUCGCCGCCCCCACCAUCUGCCACUCCCCCUCCUCCAAUUUCCUAUCCUGCACCACCUCCCAUCAGUCCUCCACCAUACGCCUCUUCCUAUCCAUACUUAUCGCCUCCACCGCCCUACACUCCCCCGCCAACUCCUACAUUGUCGCCGCCGCCGCCACCUUCCGCCAUCCCUCCUGCAAUUUCUCCUCCACCACAUUCAUCUCCAUUAUCGCCUCCGCCGGCUCCUCCUGUCUCUCCUCCACCACCCAUUGCCAUCCCUUCUCCAUCACCUGCCAAUUCUAAAUCAUCACCACCACCACCGCCGCCAUUGGAUCAACCACCUAAGAAUCCAUCCCCGCCACCAUCAUCAGCCGAACCGCCAAUAUAUUCUUCCCUGCCGCCGCCAUUGGCUAAACCACCCAAAUGUUCGCUUCCACCACCAGUUUUACCAUCUCCUCCCCCUUCGGAGCCUCCAACUCCACCUAUCAGUCCAGCAGCUCCACCACCUAAAAGUCAACCAACUCCUCCUCCUUCUCCUCCUGCUUCACCUCCUCCGAGCAAUCCGUCCAGAAGUACGACUCCCUCUGCUCCAGAUAUACCAUCUCCUUCCACCCCUACUAGUCCUCCACCCUUACCUUCACCCUCUCGUCCAUGGGCUCCACCUGCCACUCCAAAUUCACACGCUCACUUGGGACACCAAAAUAACGAUUCACCUAAAAGCAACACGACUGGCGUCGGCCCUGUUGCGACAAUUGCUGUGGUAGCCGGUCUUGUGAUGCUUACUUUCGUUGGAGCAGCUGUGUGGUUUGUGAAGAGGCGUAGAAAACCUGAGGUUGUGCUUGCUGUAUAUCCUGGAGGCUUUCACAUGGUUUCCCCAGCUAGAUCUUCACCAUUGUCAGAUGCAUCAUAUGCGAGAUCCCCGAUAUAUUCUCUUGUGAAACACAGUUCGGGAAGCUAUGGGUUCAUGUGCUCACCAUCAGACCCAGGGUUAGGCAGAUUGUGGUUUUCGUUCGAACAGCUAUCAGCAUUUACGAAUGGCUUCUCAAAUCAGAAUCUUUUGGGUGAAGGUGGCUUUGGUUGUGUAUACAAAGGAUGCUUGCCUGAUGGAAGAGAAGUGGCUGUGAAACAGCUCCAAGUUGGAGGUUCACAGGGGGAGCGUGAGUUUAAAGCAGAAGUUGAGAUUAUUAGCCGUGUACAUCAUCGCAAUCUUGUUUCACUCAUAGGGUACUGCAUAUCAGAGAACCACCGAUUGCUGGUCUACGAUUUUGUACCUAAUAAUACACUUCAUUAUCAUCUUCAUGCGAAAGGAAGACCAGUUAUGGAUUGGGCAACAAGGAUUAAGGUUGCUGCUGGGGCAGCUCAUGGAAUAGCAUACCUGCAUGAGGAUUGUCAUCCUCGGAUUAUUCAUAGAGAUAUAAAGUCGUCAAAUAUUCUACUAGAUAACAACUUUGAAGCUCAGGUGUCUGAUUUUGGACUUGCAAGGUUAGCUAUGGAUGCUCAGACACAUGUGACUACACGUGUAAUGGGGACCUUUGGGUAUCUGUCUCCAGAGUAUGCAUCAACUGGCAAGUUAACUGCUAAAUCUGAUGUUUAUUCUUUUGGCGUUGUUCUUUUAGAGCUUAUCACUGGACGAAAGCCUGUUGAUACAUCACAACCUUUGGGAGAUGAAAGUCUUGUUGAAUGGGCUCGGCCAUUGCUAAUUCAAGCACUUGAAGAUGGAGAUUUUAGAGAUUUACCAGAUCCCAGGCUUGAAAACAAUUUUAAUGAAAGUGAGAUGUUGCAUAUGAUUGAAGCAGCAGCUGCAUGCAUUCGUCAUUCAGUAGCUAUGAGGCCUCGAAUGGCACAGGUUGUAAGAGCUCUAGAUAAUUCAGCUGACUUAGAUAUAAACAAUGGUGUCAAACCGGGUCAAAGUGAAAUUAUCAAUUCAGCACAACAGUCUGAAGAAAUUAGAAUAUUUCAGAGGAUGGGACGUGGUCAGGAUUACAGCAGUGAUUACAGCCAAGCUAGCUGAGGUGUAGGAGCGAUUUGUGAACAAGGUUCCUUUUGCCCUUAACAUCAUGCUUUUUCCUUAAACGAUUGUCUAUGUAAUUAUUCUUUCCAACAUAUGUUGAUAAUUUUCCAUUAUUCUUUCUUAACCUGAAUAAAUCUUUUUUUUACCUUUUGCAAAU